AGAGAGGAAAGAGAGAGAGAGACGGGUAGGGUUGGGUUGGGUGCUCUGUACGGACUUUUCUCCGGUUAAUUUAAGCGUCUCCGGCGAGAGAUUGUAGUUUUUCAGGAAUCAUAAUGGUUAGAAAGAGAAGAACUGAUGCUCCUUCUGAAGGAGGUGAAGCCUCUGGUUCUCGUGAAGCUGGUCCAGUCUCAGGUGGUGGUGGACGUGGUUCACAGCGAGGUGGUUUCCAGCAGGGAGGCGGUGGAGGACAACACCAAGGAGGAGGACAACACCAAGGAGGGGGACAACACCAAGGUGGAAGGGGUUAUAACCCUCAGUAUCAACAGGGAGGUCGUGGUGGUCGUGGAUAUGGGCAACCACCACAACAGCAAUACCAGCAACAACAACAACAGUAUGGUGGCCCACAAGAGUACCAGGGAAGAGGAAGAGGAGGACCUCCUCAUCAAGGAGGUCGAGGAGGGUAUGGCGGUGGCCGUGGAGGUGGACCUUCUUCUGGACCGCCACAGAGACAAUCAGUUCCCGAGCUGCAUCAAGCUACCUCACCUACUUAUCAAGCGGUGUCUUCUCAGCCUACACUGUCUGAGGUGAGUCCUACCCAGGUGCCAGAACCUACUGUUCUGGCUCAGCAAUUUGAACAGCUCUCUGUCGAACAAGGAGCUCCCAGUCAAGCAAUCCAGCCUAUACCUUCAUCUAGCAAGGCUUAUAAGUUUCCAAUGAGGCCUGGUAAAGGACAGAGCGGAAAACGUUGCAUUGUGAAGGCUAACCAUUUCUUCGCUGAACUGCCUGACAAGGAUUUGCACCAGUAUGAUGUUACCAUUACUCCAGAAGUUACAUCAAGGGGUGUUAAUCGUGCUGUGAUGAAACAACUAGUUGAUUCCUAUCGUGAAUCACACCUUGGAAAGCGUCUUCCUGCCUAUGAUGGUCGGAAAAGUCUGUACACUGCUGGACCACUUCCGUUUGUCUCCAAGGAGUUCAGAAUCACUCUACUUGAUGAGGAAGAAGGGGCUGGGGGACAAAGACGAGAGAGGGAAUUUAAAGUUGUGAUCAAGCUAGCUGCACGUGCUGAUCUGCAUCACUUAGGCUUGUUUUUAGAGGGGAAACAAGCUGAUGCCCCACAGGAAGCUCUACAGGUUCUUGACAUUGUUCUUCGUGAGCUGCCUACCUCUAGAAACAGGUAUACUCCGGUGGGCCGUUCCUUUUAUUCCCCAAAUAUAGGAAGAAAGCAAUCAUUGGGGGAUGGCUUAGAGAGCUGGCGUGGAUUCUACCAAAGCAUUCGUCCCACACAGAUGGGCUUAUCACUUAAUAUUGAUAUGUCAUCGACAGCAUUCAUAGAGGCAUCCCCUGUGAUUAACUUUGUCUGUGAUUUGCUGAACCGGGAUAUUUCAUCUCGCCCUUUAUCUGAUGCUGAUCGUGUGAAGAUUAAAAAGGCUCUUAGAGGUGUCAAGGUUGAAGUGACUCAUCGAGGAAACAUGCGUCGGAAGUACCGGAUUUCUGGCUUGACUGCUGUAGCCACUCGGGAAUUGACAUUCCCAGUAGAUGAAAGAAAUACUCAGAAAUCUGUUGUGGAAUACUUCCAUGAAACAUAUGGCUUUCGCAUUCAGCACACUCAACUACCAUGCUUACAAGUUGGGAAUUCUAACAGGCCAAAUUACUUGCCAAUGGAGGUAUGCAAGAUUGUUGAAGGCCAGCGAUAUUCGAAAAGGCUGAAUGAGAGACAGAUCACUGCUUUGCUUAAGGUGACCUGUCAGCGCCCCCUAGAACGAGAAAAAGAUAUCUUGCGGACGGUGGAACUCAAUAAUUAUGCGAAAGAUCCCUAUGCUCUGGAGUUUGGAAUCAAAAUAAGUACGUCUCUGGCUUCUGUUGAGGCUCGUAUACUGCCUCCUCCAUGGCUCAAGUAUCACGAAUCUGGAAGGGAAGGAACUUGUUUGCCUCAAGUUGGUCAAUGGAAUAUGAUGAAUAAGAAAAUGAUCAAUGGUGGAACAGUGAAUAAUUGGAUCUGCAUCAACUUUUCUAGGCAAGUGCAGGACAAUCUAGCACGUACUUUUUGUCAGGAACUUGCUCAAAUGUGCUACAUAUCUGGCAUGGCAUUUAAUCCGGAACCAGUCCUUCCACCAGUCAGUGCUCGCCCGGAGCAAGUGGAGAAGGUCUUAAAGACUCGAUAUCAUGACGCCACAUCCAAACUCUCUCAAGGAAAAGAGAUUGAUCUACUUAUUGUCAUUCUGCCCGACAAUAAUGGAUCAUUAUAUGGUGAUUUGAAACGCAUAUGUGAGACUGAACUUGGCAUUGUCUCUCAAUGCUGCCUGACAAAGCAUGUCUUUAAAAUGAGCAAACAGUACAUGGCUAAUGUUGCACUGAAGAUUAAUGUUAAGGUUGGAGGAAGGAAUACAGUGCUUGUUGAUGCUUUAUCAAGGCGGAUUCCUCUAGUCAGUGAUCGUCCCACCAUUAUAUUUGGUGCUGAUGUUACACAUCCUCACCCUGGAGAGGAUUCAAGCCCGUCUAUUGCUGCUGUAGUUGCAUCCCAGGAUUGGCCUGAAAUUACCAAAUAUGCUGGAUUGGUUUGCGCCCAGGCACAUAGGCAGGAGCUCAUUCAGGAUCUGUUCAAAGAGUGGAAGGAUCCUCAAAAAGGGGUAGUGACUGGUGGCAUGAUAAAGGAGUUGCUCAUAGCCUUCCGUAGAUCAACUGGGCAUAAACCACUACGGAUCAUCUUCUACAGGGAUGGAGUCAGUGAGGGACAAUUUUACCAAGUUUUGCUCUAUGAACUUGAUGCUAUCCGCAAGGCAUGUGCUUCGCUGGAAGCAGGUUAUCAGCCACCAGUGACGUUUGUGGUGGUGCAGAAGCGCCAUCACACGAGGCUGUUUGCUCAAAACCACAACGAUCGUCAUUCGGUGGACAGAAGUGGAAAUAUAUUACCUGGUACUGUUGUGGACUCUAAAAUAUGCCACCCUACAGAGUUCGACUUUUACCUCUGCAGUCAUGCUGGUAUUCAGGGCACUUCUCGACCUGCUCACUAUCACGUUCUUUGGGAUGAGAACAACUUUACUGCAGAUGGACUUCAAUCUCUGACCAAUAACUUAUGCUACACGUAUGCAAGAUGCACACGCUCAGUUUCAAUUGUGCCGCCUGCAUAUUAUGCACAUCUAGCAGCUUUUAGGGCUCGAUUCUACAUGGAGCCAGAGACCUCAGACAGUGGCUCGAUGGCAAGCGGGAGCAUGGCACGUGGGGGUGGAAUGGCUGGUAGAAGCACACGUGGACCUAAUGUGAAUGCAGCAGUGAGGCCACUCCCAGCACUGAAAGAGAAUGUGAAGCGUGUUAUGUUCUACUGCUGAGUUGAUUCACCUCUCUCUCUCUAUCCAUCUUUAUCGCCUUAAUUAAUAAUCAUGUUUCCUUUCUAAGACUUGUCUUAUGUCUCUACUUUACUCCUACUCUAUCAAAUUCUACGUUACCGAGCUGUGUUGAAAGGUUUGCGUGUGUGUUUGGGUGUUUAAUGUUUUGCUGCUACUCUUUAUCAAUGUGUAUGAGACCCUCGAUAAUACUUCUGUCUUGCUGCUACUCUUUAUUUUGUGCUGA